CUAGUUAAUUCCUUUUAGUUGGAGUUACUAGAAGGCAUUUGGCAAAGGGGUCAGAGAAGUAGUAAAAUGGGUUUUUGAAAAGAAGGAGGGUAUUUCAGGCAGGGGAAAGUUUGUUAAAAUGGCACAGAAGAACAAAAACACAAACACAUGGUAUGUUGGAUAGGCUUUUUCCUGAACUGAGAAUUCACAGAAGGGAAUAGUGUAUCAUCUAAACCACUAGAGAGGAGGGAUUGAGUCUUGUUUUCUUAUAUUCUCAAUUUGUAGCACAGUAUUUGAUACAUUGGUGCUCAAAAGUGUUUGUUAAUCAUUAUACAUUAGGGCAUACCUUCACAGGGCCUUAAUCAUACUAGAUUAUCAGAAAAUGUCUUGUAAAUUAAAUGGAAAAGAAAAGGAAGGAUGAUAUGGUACAAAGCAGGCAGACAAUGGAAAGGUAGGUUGUGGCCUGAUUGUAGAGUCCUUUAUUGACAGACUACAUUUGGACUUUAUUCUGUAAGGACAGAGAUGUGAACCUUUCAGAGGAGAGGAGCAUCAUAAUGAAAUGGAACCCAUGGAUCAAGGGGCUUCAUUGUAAUGUGACAAGUUUAAAAGAGGAAAGUUUAGGAAGGGAGACCGCUAUUGAUGGUCCAAUUUCAGAAUUUCAAACAACUACUUAUCAUAGGUUGGGAUACUUCUUGUGGAAAGGAGACUAAAAGUUUGCAGGCAUCUGGAAGCCCUGCCCCUUUACCACCACCUCCCUGCCUCCUGCCCGCAUUCCCUCCUUUCCUGUCAGUGAGCCAAAGACAGACCAGGAAGUGAGUGUGAGGUUUUGGAAAUCACAGAUCUGUUGCUACUGAAUGUAAUACCAGAAUGUUUUUUCAGAUCUUUCUCCAUUUUGUCAGCAACCUUUCUACCAUUGCAGUGGGUUUCCUUUCUGUGAUGAUACGUUGGAUCUCAGUUUUGAAGAAGUAUGUGGAAAGUACUCGUCAGAAGAAGGCAAUCUUCAGUAAGCAAGAGAGGCUUCCAUGUAUUGCACCACUAGUAACCACGGUGGAGGAGACACCACAGAUUGUCUCUGCUUGCGUCCGAGGGCAUUUUCCUCAGUGGCUCCGUGGCUACCUGCUUCGAGUUGGGCCUGGGAAAUUUGAAUUCGGGAAGGAUAAGUACAAUCACUGGUUUGAUGGGAUGGCUUUGCUUCACCAGUUCAGGAUGGAGAAGGGCACAGUGACGUAUAGAAGCAAGUUCCUACAGAGUGAUACUUAUAAGGCCAAUAGUGUUAAUGAUCGAAUUGUGAUCUCAGAAUUUGGCACGCUGGCUGUCCCCGACCCCUGCAAGAAUGUUUUUGAACGUUUCUUAUCAAAGUUUGAAGUGCCUGCAAUAACUGACAACACCAAUGUCAACUACGUGCAGUACAAGGGUGACUACUACCUUAGUACUGAGACCAACUUUAUGAACAAAGUGGACAUCAAAACUCUGGAAAAAACUGAAAAGGUAGACUGGAGGAAAUUCAUUGCUGUGAAUGGAGCAACUGCACAUCCUCACUAUGAUGCUGAUGGAACAGCUUACAACAUGGGGAACUCCUAUGGGUCACAUGGUUCUUGCUAUAAUGUUAUUCGAGUUCCUCCAGAGAAGGUGGAUCUUGGGGAGACAAUCCAUGGAGCCCAGGUGAUAUGUUCUAUUGCCUCUGCAGAGGGGAUGAGACCUUCUUACUAUCAUAGCUUUGGAAUGACAAGGAACUACGUAAUCUUCAUUGAACAGCCUCUAAAGAUGAAUUUGUGGAAAGUUGUCACUUCUAAAAUCCGGGGAAAGUCCUUUGCAGAUGGAAUAAGCUGGGAACCCCAGUAUAAUACACGGUUUCAUGUGGUGGAUAAGCACACUGGACAGCUUCUUCCAGGGAUGUACUACAGUAAACCUUUUGUUACUUUUCAUCAAAUCAAUGCCUUUGAGGACCAGGGCUGUGUUGUAAUCGAUUUGUGCUGUCAAGAUGAUGGAAGAAGCCUAGAAGUUUACCAACUACAGAAUCUCAGGAAAGUUGGGGAAGGGCUUGAUCAGGUCUAUAAUUCAGUAGGCAGAUCUUUCCCUCGAAGGUUUGUGUUGCCCUUGCAUGUCAGUUUGAAUGACCCCGAGGGACAGAACCUCAGCCCAUUGUCCUAUUCUUCAGCCAGUGCUGUGAAACAGGCUGAUGGAAAGAUUUGGUGCUCCUAUGAAAAUCUACAUCCUGAGGGUCUAGAGGAUGAAGGAGGUAUUGAAUUUCCCCAGAUCAACUAUGGCCAAUUCAGUGGCAGAAAGUAUCGUUUCUUCUAUGGCUGUGGCUUUCGGCAUUUGGUGGGGGAUUCUCUGAUCAAGGUGGACGUGGUAAACAAAACACUGAUGAUUUGGAGAGAAGAUGGCUUCUACCCCUCGGAACCUGUGUUUGUUCCUGCACCAGGAACCAGUGAAGAAGAUGGUGGGGUUAUUCUCUCUGUGGUGAUCACCCCCAAGCAGAAUGAAAACAAUUUUCUACUAGUCUUGGACGCCAAGAACUUUGAAGAACUGGGCCGAGCCGAAGUGCCCGUGCAAAUGCCUUAUGGGUUCCAUGGCACCUUUGUCACCAUCUGAUGGAACAACUCACAAGGCCUAGAAACAUAGUUUACAAUGAACAUUCUCUGUACAAAAAAAGAGAGCAAAAAAGGCACCUUACCUUCCAAACUGUAGAGAUCUGGUUGUAAAAUUUCUAUUAAAAAACAAAUUCUUGGCCUGCCUGGGUGGCUCAA